AUGGUGAAGAAAGCUAUUGACUCACGUAUUCCUACGUUAAUUAGAAACGAUGUGCAGACUAAACAACGGUCCUUCUUCGUUAUUGUCGGUGAUAGGGCAAGGAACCAGUUGCCCAACUUACAUUAUUUGAUGAUGAGCGCUGAUUUAAAGAUGAAUAAAUCCGUUCUUUGGGCAUAUAAGAACAAAUUACUUGGAUUUACAUCACACAGAAAGAAGAGAGAAAAUAAAAUUAAAAAAGAAAUUAAGAGAGGAACUAGAGAAGCUAAUGAUCAAGAUCCAUUCGAAGCUUUUAUUUCCAAUCAAAAUAUUAGAUAUGUCUACUACAAAGAUACAGAAAAAAUCUUAGGUAACACUUACGGUAUGUGUGUUUUACAAGAUUUUGAAGCGUUAACUCCUAAUCUUCUGGCAAGAACUGUUGAAACCGUUGAAGGUGGUGGUAUAGUAGUGAUUUUGUUAAAAUCGAUGGCAUCUUUGAAGCAACUUUAUACUAUGACUAUGGAUGUCCACUCCAGAUACCGUACUGAGGCUCAUACUGAUGUGGUGGCUCGUUUUAACGAAAGAUUCAUCCUAUCUCUGGGAUCAAAUGAAAACUGUUUAGUGGUCGAUGAUGAACUAAACGUCCUUCCGAUCUCUGGUGGUAGAAAUGUGAAGCCUUUACCACCAAAAGAUGAUGAUGAGAGAACUCCAAGUGAAAUAGAAUUAGCUGAAUUAAAAGAGUCUUUACAAGAUGUACAGCCAGCAGGGUCACUGGUUGGUCUUUCUCGAACCGUAAACCAAGCCCAUGCAAUUUUGUCAUUCAUAGAUGUUAUAUCUGAGAAAACUCUUGAUACUACAGCUGCAUUGACGGCAGGUAGAGGUAGAGGUAAGUCUGCUGCACUCGGUGUUGCCAUAGCAGCUGCUGUAUCUCAUGGUUAUUCGAAUAUCUUUGUCACAUCACCAUCUCCAGAAAAUUUGAAGACAUUAUUCGAAUUCAUUUUUAAAGGGUUUGAUGCUCUUGGAUACCAGGAACAUAUUGAUUACGACAUUAUUCAAUCCACUAACCCAGAUUUCAACAGGGCCAUCGUAAGAGUCGACAUUAGGAGAGAUCACAGGCAGACAAUUCAAUACAUUCUUCCACAAGAUUCUCAUGUUCUAGGUCAAGCGGAGUUAGUGGUUAUCGAUGAAGCUGCCGCCAUUCCCCUGCAGAUCGUCAAGAACUUGUUGGGUCCUUAUUUGGUUUUCAUGGCUUCCACCAUUAACGGUUAUGAAGGUACUGGUAGAUCCUUAUCUUUAAAGCUGAUACAGCAAUUGCGUCAACAGGCAAACUUGAAUGAUACAGGUAAUUCACAGACAGUCGUAACCUCAAGAGAUAGCAAAGCCUCAGGCAGUAUUCGCACGGGAAACCGUCAACUAAGGGAGAUUCUUCUAGAUGAGCCAAUCAGAUACACUCGUGGUGAUCCUGUGGAAAAAUGGUUAAACAAAUUGCUUUGUCUUGACGUUACUCUGAUGAAAAAUGCGAGAUUUGCCGCCAAGGGUACACCUCAUCCAUCUCAAUGUAACUUAUUUGUGGUGAAUAGGGAUACUCUUUUCUCUUAUCAUCCGGUUUCGGAAUCUUUCUUGGAGAAGAUGAUGGCUCUUUAUGUGGCAUCUCACUAUAAAAAUUCUCCUAAUGAUUUACAAUUGAUGAGUGAUGCUCCAGCACACCAGUUAUUCGUUCUAUUACCACCAAUUGACCCCAAGGAAGGUGGUAGAAUUCCAGACCCAUUAUGUGUGGUACAAGUCGCAUUAGAAGGUGAAAUUUCAAAAGAACACGUCAGAAGUUCAUUUGCUAGAGGUCACAGAGCAGGCGGUGACUUGAUCCCAUGGCUAGUUUCACAACAAUUUCAAGACGAGGAGUUUGCAGGUUUGAGUGGUGCUCGUGUUGUAAGAAUUGCCACCAACCAAGAAUAUGCAUCCAUGGGUUACGGUUCAAGGGCAAUCGAACUUUUGAGAGAUUAUUUCGAAGGUAAAUUUACUGAUCUAUCUGAAGACACUACACCAAAGGACUUUUCCAUUAAAAGAGUCAGUGACAAAGAACUGCAGAAUGCAAAUCUGUUGACCGACGAAGUCAAAUUGAGAGACGCUAAGAAACUACCUCCCCUGCUGAUGAAAUUAUCGGAACAACCACCACACUUUUUGCACUACUUGGGUGUUUCUUAUGGUCUUACUCCUUCAUUAUUGAAAUUUUGGAAGAGAAACCAAUUUGUUCCAGUGUACUUGCGUCAAACCGCUAACGAUCUAACAGGUGAGCACAGUUGUGUCAUGUUAAGUGUGCUAGAAGGUAGAGAACAUCGUUGGCUCUCCGAAUUUGCUAGAGAUUUCCACAAGAGGUUCCUAUCACUCCUGUCGUAUGAUUUCAGGAAAUUCACGGCAGUCCAUGCACUAAGUUUGAUUGAAUCCAGCCAAAAAGCAGAGAAAGAAUCUGCGGAUGAAAAACCUGUUAAACGUCUGAAUAAGGAACAAUUGGACGAUUUAUUCUCUCCAUUUGAUUUGAAAAGAUUAGACAGUUACUCCAACAAUUUACUAGAUUACCAUGUUAUCGUCGAUAUGUUGCCCACUUUAGCCAUUCUGUACUUCGGCGGUAGAAUGGAAGGUUCCGUGAACCUUUCCGGUGUACAAAGUGCCAUCUUUUUAGCCAUUGGUCUCCAACGCAAGAACAUCGAUGAUAUAAGCAAAGAACUGAACCUUCCAUCUAAUCAAGCAAUUGCCAUGUUUGCUAAGAUUAUGAGAAAGAUUUCAGUAUAUUUCAGACAGCUACAGGCCGAAUCUAUUGGUAAAUCUCUACCGAAUGCAGCACAAGAUGAGCAAAUUGCAGAGAUGAAUGGUGAAGAAAUUAAAGGUUACGAUGCAGCUGAGGCAUUGGAUCAAAUGGACGAAGAUCUGGAAGAAGCAGGUUCCGAAGCAGUGCAAGCUAUGAGAGAAAGACAAAGGGAAUUCAUCAAUUCUUUGGAUUUGAACAAGUAUGCAAUUGCCGAGAAUGAAGAAGAAUGGAACCAAAACCAAAAGAGCUUAGAAAAGGCUGCUCAAUCCAAGGGUACUGCAAGUAUCAAGACUGGUACCAAAAGAAGUACAGAAAAUGCCGAAAACAUCUACAAACAAGAAAUGGGGGCCGUCAAGAGAGGCAAGAAGACCAAGAAGAGAAGUGGAUAA